AGUAUAACCACCAAAAUUCAAACUUGAAGUAAUGAGUUUUAUGGACAAAAACCUCCAUUGUUGUCGUCAUCAAUCCCACACCUGACACAACGUUGUUUUCUCAGGUUCUGCAACUCCUGGUUGCGCAACUCUUUUUCCAUGCAAAAUAUUUAAUCUUUUCAGAUUGCUGGGUAUACAAAGAUUCAAUUUUUAGUUAGCCAUAGCCAUGAACAGUUUGAAUUUCGCCCCACCAUUUUUCUUCUUCUUCUUCUUUGUGGUGUCUGUUGUUCCUCUCUGUUCAUCUCUCAGUUCGGAUGGGCUGUCGCUUUUAGCUUUGAAAGCCGCCAUUAAUUCCGACCCAGCUCAGGUGCUGGCGAGUUGGUCCGAGUCGGACUCAACGCCUUGCCAGUGGGCUGGGAUAGCCUGUGAUGACACCCACCGAGUAACCUCUGUUUCCCUCUCCGGCAGCAACCUCGCCGGCUACCUUCCCUCCGAAAUCGGCGCUCUGUCUUCUCUCGCCUCUCUUAAUCUCUCCGGCAACAACUUCUCCAACCUCAUUCCUGCUCAUCUCUUCAACGCCACUUCUCUCGUCUCUCUUGAUCUCUCCCGGAACUCCUUCUCCGGCCCCUUGCCGCCCCAAAUCACCACUCUCACAACCCUCACCCAUCUCGACCUUUCGUCCAAUCUCCUUAACGGUUCUCUCCCUGAGGACCUCAUUAGCCUCUCCCACCUCGUCGGAGCCUUGAACCUCUCGUAUAAUUCUUUUUCCGGCCAAGUUCCCGCCUCGUACGGCCGGUUCCCUGCAACGCUCAGCUUGGAUCUCCGGCAUAACAACCUCACCGGAAAAAUACCCACGGAGGGGUCUUUGUUGAACCAGGGACCCACCGCAUUUACCGGGAACCCUUACCUCUGCGGGUUCCCAUUGGAGACUCAAUGCCCGGAGCCAGAAGCUCAAAACCCUAGAAUCUUCCCGAAUCAAGAACCUCCGAAAGAUCCAAUCUUUUCAUCAAAUGAGCUUGGAGAGAGAGGUAAAGCGAGAAACGGGUCCGGGGCGGUUUCUUUAAUUUCCGGCGUCUCGGUGGUGAUCGGAGUGGUGUUUUUUUCGGUAUGGGCAUACCGGAAAAAAUGGAAUUCCGUUGAGGAAAAUCCGGAGAAACAAAACCCGGACACGACGGAAGCGCACAAGACCGAAGAGGGGCAAAAAGAAAAAGAAAAAUACUCAGUUCUCGACGAAGGAUUCUCUUUGGAAAUAGAGGAUUUAUUGAGGGCGUCAGCAUACGUAGUAGGAAAGAGUAGAAGUGGUAUAGUGUAUAAGGUGGUGGUGGGCGGCUCCGCCGUGAGCGGCGGCGCCACCGUGGUGGCAGUGAGACGCCUAAGCGAGGGAGACUCCCCGUGGAGUUUCAGGGAAUUCGAAGCCGCAGUUGAGGCCAUUGCCAGAGUCCAACACCCCAACAUUGUUAGACUCCGAGCUUAUUACUAUGCCAGUGAUGAAAAAUUGCUAAUUACAGAUUUUAUCCAUAAUGGGAGCUUAUACAAUGCUUUGCACGGAGGACCUGGAAAUUUGUUGGUGGCGCCGUUAUCAUGGGCAAUGAGAUUGAAGAUUGCUCGAGGCAUUGCGAGGGGUUUGGUGCACAUCCAUGAAUGCGGUCCAAAGAGAUAUGUUCAUGGGAACAUAAAAUCCUCGAAAAUCCUUCUCGAUGAAGACUUAAAGCCCUACAUAUCUGGUUUUGGAUUGACACGCCUUGUGCCAAGCCUGUCAGGUCAGAAAGGAAUGAACUCAAACCAGUUCAUAAUUAGCCCAAGAAGUUCAAACUCGUCCUUCGAGGCACCCGAAGCUCGGGCUGCAGGCAGCAAACUAACCCAGAAAUGUGAUGUGUAUUCUUUCGGGGUCGUGCUUCUGGAGAUUCUAACCGGGCGAUUGCCAGAUGGAGGAGGAGGAGGAGCAGACGAGGAUGGGAAGGGGAUAGAGUGCGUAGUGAGGAAGGCGUUUCGGGAGGAAAGACCGUUGUCAGAGAUCAUAGACCCCGCUCUUAUGCAUGAAGUUCAUGCCAAAAAACAGGUGGUGGCGACGUUUCAUAUCGCCCUGAACUGCACCGAGCUGGAUCCUGAACUUCGGCCUCGGAUGAGAGCUGUUGCAGACAGCCUAGAUCGCGUCAAAUCGCAGUGACAAGACAAUGUUUAAGGUGUUGUAGAGAAAUAUGGAGCCUUUAUUUUGUUGGCAUAUAAUGUUUAAGGUGUUUGGUUCAUUUGUUGUUUGAGAAUGGGAUGAGUUGAAGCAUUUUGUAAUGAAACUGAUGGUUGUUGCUUC